AUGCAAUCAGUCAGGAAAAUAGAAAGGCAACGAGAUAACGCGAUGGAGCCUGCGGUUAAGGAGAGUGUAUCGCGCAUUCCGCUCUUAAAAACUAAAGCUGGUCCACGCGACGGUGAUAAAUGGACGGCACGCCUCAAGGAGGAGUAUGUUUCGCUUAUCAAAUACGUGGAAAACAACAAGGCAAGUGACUCGCAUUGGUUUAACCUCGAAAGUAAUCCACAGGGGACACGGUGGUAUGGCACGUGUUGGACCUUCUACAAAAAUGAGAAGUACGAGUUCGACCUUCAGUUUGACAUUCCUGUGAGCUAUCCUCAGGCCCCGCCGGAGCUUGCACUGCCAGAGUUAGAGGGAAAGACAGUAAAGAUGUAUCGUGGUGGGAAGAUCUGCAUGACGACGCACUUUUUCCCCCUUUGGGCAAGGAACGUGCCGUACUUUGGGAUCAGCCACGCCCUCGCACUCGGGUUGGGUCCCUGGCUUUCAAUUGAGGUGCCGGCGAUGGUCGAGGAUGGCUCACUAAAGCCUAAGCAUGCGGUGGCACCUUAGUUCUUUGUAAAAUUGCUACUAAAGAAAAGUGGAACCGCAAAAAGAGGAUCGGAAAUAUCUUCCACGUAAAAAUAUAUAUCAUGUGCGACUUUUCCUCCAAUUGUCUUAUCCUUUUUUUCCUGAUUUCAUUGCACUACCACAGUACACGCAAGACACAGUAAUCAAGGUAUCUGAGAAUUUCAAGGAAAGGACACAAAGCUUCGAUUGGAAUUUUUUUUUUGGACCCCUGUAAAUUACAGAUGUCAUUACAUCGGGUGAAGAAAAGUAAUUUGAAUAUUAAA